AUGUCUGUGAGUUACAAUGAAGCCAGACGUACAAAUAAACUGGUGGGAAGGAAUGCAAAGCAAGCCCAGCGUAUUGAAGAAUUUAAUGAUGAAAAGAAUAGUUCAGAGGACGAUUUUCGCGGCUUCGAAAAGAUGCCUUUGGUUCUAUGUGAACGUUUUGAUAUAUCACCAUAUUUAAGUACAACAAAAUCAAAUACAAGAAAAAUAAAAGAUCCCUUACCUUUAAAUCAAAAGGAAAUGAAUUGUGCGCCAAACAAAUCUAAGCAAAUAGAACUUAAUAAAAUAUUACAUGAAUGCUCAGUUAUUUUGGUGCGAGAAGAUUUAGAACAAUUAAAAGAAAUGGUUAAAAACAAAUCCCCUAUAUUAAAUGGCGACACAGGUUUAAAAUGUAAGAUUUGUGACAAAGAAUAUUCCAGUGACAAAAAAUUGCAAAACCACAUAGAGAACAAACAUAUUAUUUAUAAGUCACCAAAUAAGACACCCAAGCGUGUUUCAUUCUCAGAUCACAUAAUCGUUCAUGAAGUUAAAGAAUACCACAGAUGUAGAAAAUGUCCAAAAAUAUUUGAAAACUAUAACACAUUAAAACUUCAUAUGAAGCAAAAACAUAGAAAGCGCAAAUGUUAUAUCUGUCAUUAUUGUUCAAAGGACUUUGUUGACCGAACCUUCUUUAAAGUACAUAUUAAACUACAUUGCGAUGCCUGUGGACUAUUACUAUUUAAUAAGAAAAAUUAUUUAGAACACAGACGACAAGUUUGUAGAGUAAUUAAAAAAUAUGAAUGUAAAACUUGUCAUAUGUUGUUUUUUAACUUUAUGGAUCUUAAAGAUCAUAGCUAUUACCAUCUUGGAACGUUUUUCAUCUGCGAUAUAUGCAAGGAUCAGUUUGAAACUAAAUGUGCUGUUGCCCAUCAUAUACAAUUCUUACAUUCUAAUAAGCGGCCUGAAUCACUGUAUGUGAAGCAAUCAAUCGGUAUUGAAAAAGUGUAUGUUUGCAACUUUUGUGAGGAAAGUGCAAUGGAGGAAAGCAUGAUAGAAGAUCAUGUAUCAUCCUUACCAGAUUUACAAAAUCGAGCCAUGACUGGUUAUAAGGAUUAUUAUUUUUGUGAUCAGUGCUUGAAAAUGUUCAGCACCGAAACUGACAUGUUACAGCAUAAAUGGACGCAUUUUUUGAGAAAUGAUGACUCGGUAGAGCAAAAAGCAAAUGAAAAUUCCAUCAAAACUACGUACAAAAUAGGUGAAAAGUUACCAGAUAUUCUGCAGCCGAAACUCAUUUUGAAAAAAGUAGAAGUGCCAAAAGUGCUUCAAGUGCCUCAAGUAGAAGCAAAACCAGUGAAUCCUAUUAUCCAGACGUACAAUCCCCAGGUUUGCAGUUCGAGCUUACCAGAAAAAUUGAAAAGAGCAAUUGUUGAUCCUAUUAGUAAAAAAACAAUUAUAUCCAAAUAUCAAUGUGAGAAUUGUGGCAAAUAUUUAUCAUCGAACUACUGUCUCAAUAGACACAUGCGGGCUAUGCAUGGCAUCCACCAAGAAGAGAACCACGAAGAUGACAGCAGAUUACAGUGCCCCAUAUGCGAAGAGAUAUUUGUAUGGCCUUCUCUGUUAAAAUCUCAUAACUGCAUUCGUAUGUCCCUACCUGAAAUGCCAUUUGAUGAUGCCAGAUCUGAAAUUCAAUUUGACAAUAUGAAUGGACACUCGUUUGACAAUUUAGACAUAAUUGACGAUGAUGAUUAUAUGAACUCAGUGGAUUUUGAAAUACCAGCGCCUAUAGUGGAGUUACGUGAGUAUGACAACGUUAAUAUUGUUCUAAACAGUAGUAAUAAUCAAAUAAAUGUGAUUAACAAUCAUAAAGUUAAUCAUUUAGGUUUAAAAGUUAUGUUGCAAGAAGUACCGAUAGAGUUU